GAGAAUGCUGUGGUAUGCUAUGACCGUCUAGUACGGCCUCUAGAUCUUCUGGGAGGUAGACCAUUUCCGUGUCAUACUUAGCUGAGCGUUGUACAGCUGCCGUGUCAAUAUCAAGAAAGGGGAGCCCGACGCCCCUCUUGCCAAAUCCGCAUCUUCACUCAGGCUGUUCCAAUAUGGCACCUUCUGUCCACGUCGACGACGACGUCGACGCUGCCGAUGACACAUCUCCCUCUUUGAGAGGCCGCCUCGAAGUGUCGACGGCAGCGCCGCAGGUCGACCAGCUCUCGGUGGCAUGGCCGGGAAAGGCAUCCUCCUUCCCGGCUUCACCGGCUUGCAGUACGCCUACUGAGCUUGAGGGGCAAUCUGGAGACUCUGAGGAGCUCGGUGCAGGCUCAGGGCUACUUACCUUCGUGCAAGGAGACGAUGAUCUACCCCCUGUGGUCUUGAAGGCAAAGGGACGAGCUGCUACGUACCCCCUGUCGGGCGUCCGCAAGUAUGUCGCAUGAACCUUUGGCGUUGCAUCGUGCUCUUGUGACUUACGAACUGUCUUAGCGACCACUACAAGUCUGAGCUCGAGGACAGCGAUGACCCUGACGAUGAGUGGUACCGGCCCAAGGGCCCUCCGAACAAGCCAACUGCUGACCGGCCGGUACUGCAAGGUCCCAAAGGUGUCGGAAAGCCUCAACAGGCCUGAGUGGGCCAAGCCACCAGAAAUGACUCGAGCAAGGCUUGGGUGCUUAGCGCAGUCGUUGGAGAUGUGUACCAGCUGCUCUAUGUUGUAUACUCUUGUGUGGACAAUCGAGAACCAUGGACAUGGACCGUAUGAUGCCUUCUAACCACGAACAUUCUUCUUAUUUCUUACCGCUGAAACUAUCUUCGAAGCGUAUGGCUUCAGUCAAGCUGUAACGAUCAUAUAACUUGUCC